AUGGAGAAGGGGCUUCGAGGAGGCUCCUCAGCCGUGCACACCCUGCCCCCCCAGGAUAUCCAGAGCUGCCUGAUAGAUUCUUUGAGGCUGGUCUUGAUUCCAAAUCCAAAUCAGGACCACACAGAAAAAUCUAGGUCUACUACUGUGAGGCUAGAUGUGAGGAUCGUGUGCUCAGUGAAGGGAAUUGCCCUGAACUGUGAUCCCAGCAUUGCACCCUCAGCACCGUAUCCUCAGCACUGCACCCUCAGCACUGUACCCUCAGCACUGCACCCUCAGCUCUGCUCUCCCAGCACUUCACCCUCAGCACUGUACCCUCAGCACUGCGCUCCCAGCACUUCACCCUCAGCACUGCUCUCCCAGCACUGCACCCUCAGCACUGCACCCUCAGCACUGCGCUCCCAGCACUUCACCCUCAGCACUGCUCUCCCAGCACUGCACCCUCAGCACUGUACCCUCAGCACUGCGCUCCCAGCACUUCACCCUCAGCACUGCUCUCCCAGCACUGUACCCUCAGCACUGCUCUCCCAGCACUGCACCCUCAGCACUGUACCCUCAGCACUGCUCUCCCAGCACUGUACCCUCAGCACUUCACCCUCAGCACUGAUCUCCCAGCACUGCACCCUCAGCACUGCUCUCCCAGCACUGCACCCUCAGCACUGUACCCUCAGCACUGCUCUCCCAGCACUGCACCCUCAGCACUGUACCCUCAGCACUGCUCUCCCAGCACUGUACCCUCAGCACUUCACCCUCAGCACUGCUCUCCCAGCACUGCACCCUCAGCACUGCUCUCCCAGCACUGCACCCUCAGCACUGCACCCUCAGCACUGCGCUCCCAGCACUGCACCCUCAGCACUGCUCUCCCAGCACUGCACCCUCACACUGCGCUCCCAGCACUGCACCCUCAGCACUGCUCUCCCAGCACUGCACCCUCAGCACUGCACCCUCAGCACUGCUCUCCCAGCACUGCAUACUCAGCACUGCGCUCCCAGCACUGCACCCUCAGCACUGCUCUCCCAGCACUGCACCCUCAGCACUGCACCCUCAGCACUGCGCUCCCAGCACUUCACCCUCAGCACUGCUCUCCCAGCACUGCACCCUCAGCACUGCUCUCCCAGCACUGCACCCUCAGCACUGCACCCUCAGCACUGCUCUCCCAGCACUGUACCCUCAGCACUGCACCCUCAGCACUGCUCUCCCAGUACACGAGGGGUGUAGGGCCCAGCCAGGGGGGCUGCACGGCACUGAGGCCUGUCAGCUCACCUCAUCAUGGAACGAGAUUCCUGAAAAUAUUCUCUGAUACCAAUCAAUGCAGAAAAAGCUUUUGAUAAAGUUCAACACCUAUUUGUCGUUAAAGCUCUUAGCAACCAGGAUCAGAAAGGAACUUCUCUAACUUGAUGAAGUUUAAAUACCCAAACCCUCCGCAUACAUCAUAGUGAAUGGGAGACAGGUACGUUUCCUCUAGUGUCAGGAGCAGGAAGGAGCCCCACUCUCAGUUUUAAUGGGGAAAGGAACAGAAAUGGGGGUAACGAGGACAGACCUGUCGUUCCUCUUCUCCCGGCCACCCACCCUCCGUCCUGGUCCCCGCUUUGCCUUUCCCGAGUCCCCGAGCUCCUCUUAAUACACUCAGCAAUGGGUGGGUUGCCACUCGGGUCUCCCCAGCGAGAAGGCACAGGCGUGGGGGGGAGGGUUUGCUCUGUUCUGUUCCCUGCUGUCCCAGCACCGGUCUGUGUUAACUCGUGAGCACUCAGUAGAUGUUUGUUUUAUGGAUGGUUGAUUUAUUCAUCCAGAAAUGCACUCAUAUAUGAACUGAAUCGGUUCACAAAUACUAGAACUAAGUUCAGCAAGGUUGCCAGUUACAAGACCACCCUGUAAAAAUCAGGAGCUUUCUUCUCCAUCAGUAGUGACCAACUAGAAAGUACAAAAAAAUGAUCAUUUACAAUAGCAACAGAAACUUAUCGUAAGGUAUCUGGGAAUUCACCUAACGAAGAAUGCCUAAGAUCUCUAUGGAGAAAAAGUUUACAACUCUGAAAAAAGUGAGGAAAAAAAUGAGAGAUGUAGCACAAUAUCAUUUACUUAAUAUAAAAGUGAUUGCAUAAAACUGUAAAAACAAACAAUGAUUAUCUAUGGGAUGGGGGUGGGGUUU